UUGUGAUUUGUUCUAAUUAAAUUAUUUUUGCUGUUUCUAAGGUCCGCUUGGGAUGGAUCGCGGAAACCUUCAACCUCCCUUUCUUCCCGCGGUCAACAAAGAAACAGACAGAAACUUUUUUGCAGAUAUCCCAAUAGAGAAAUGACUGCAAUGGAUAGACAGUUGAUAAAAUUGUUUCUCGUACAUGUGCUUGCCUUAGCGGUCUUGCCCACCCAGACUUCAGCUCGGCAGCAUGUGAUUUGGUCCUUUGGCAACAGUUUGAGUGCUCAAAGUGGUUCUAUUGUUGGUUACUUUCAAUGCUUUUACCGAGGAUAUGCAUCACAGUUUGGUGUUACCCGAGUGGACACUCCACGGUAUACCCCUGGAGGUGCCUCCUUUGGUACUCAUUGGGGGCAUCUGCUUUACGACGACAAUAAGCCUUUAUUUGAAAAUGGUGGUGAUUGGCGCACUCAACAUCCUUGGGUUUUCCUGCAAGAACAAAGUGCCAUGCCUGCCAUUCCCAGUCAGCUACAAAUAUCAAUAUUCAAUCUGAGAGGUCUUGUGAACUAUUUCAAAAACACUACUGUGGAAAGAGCCAUGCUGAUUCAAACUUGGGGCUACGAGUUUGGAACCAGCUCCAAUGGGGUCGACUUUCCUGACAUGCCAUCUCACAACCAGGCUUUACUGGAUGGCUAUGUGCAAAUGCAACAAGCAGUUCAUUCGGAUGAAUAUAAUGUCUUUUUAGCUCCCUGCGGGUUGGCGUGGGAAAAGACUUACUGGAACUGUUUGGACAAAGGCAUCGAUCCAAUGGCAAACGACACUUGUAUCUUUCGCAAGCUUUACAAUGAUCCAACACAUCCUUCUAGUGCGGGUGUUUAUACCUGUGCCCUCACUGUGUUUUCCGCCAUGACAGGACUACACCCAAGCACACAAUCAUGCAAGGGAAGUCUAUCAAGUGAUGAGCUAGAUCAAAUCCGAACAGCUGUGUCACAGGCUAUUGAAGAAACACACUCUUCUGGCUUAAUCACAUACAUGUUUGAUGAGCUGUGGCCUACCCCCAUGCCCACCCCUGGGCCCCCAUCUGGUACGCCUACAGCAGCACCAACCAUAAGCCCUCAGCCGUCCCUUCCUCCGCAGACAGCCACCCUUCCUCCACAGAUUACUAUAGUAAACCCAGGAUUGAACGAAAAUGCCAUAGCAGCAGGACGAAACUCAAAGGUCCUCAUUUUGGGGAAUGAGUUAUUGGGCAAUUUCAAUGUGUCGGAACAGUUUACUCGGAUUCAUUCAAAUUUAUUGGCAGAAUACAAUGCUGGGGGGCGCAUCAGCAUCACUUCCAACACACCAGAAGGGGCAACCUGGCAUUGGCAUGUGAACACAAUUGGAGAGUCAGACCCGGUGCUUUACAGUUCCGAAGAUGGUGUUGAUUUUGACUGGAUUGUGUUGCAAGAAGACAUUGCCUUGAUGUCGAAUGCAAGCACGGCCAAGGACAGUGCAAUGCUGGCAGGAGCAGUGCAUAUGAUGAUUACUAAGAGCCACCGUGCCAAGACUGUCUUUGUCUUGACCUUUGGAGGCAGAAAUGGCUACAAUGAUGGUGAUGGCACAGUGUAUCCACACUUCAUGUCACACAAUGAGGCCUUGCUUGAGAAUUACUAUAUGUGUGUUCGGCAGACAUAUGAUGUUGCCGAUCCUACCUAUUUACUGCCUGUAGCAAUGGCAGCUGAGGCUAUCUACAUGGAGGAUUGGGAGACUGGAAGGGACCCAGCAACGGAUGAAGAAUCCCUCUUUUAUCGUUUGUAUGCUGAGGAUGGGGUUCACCCCAGUGCAGAAGGCUCCUACCUCAUUGCAGUCACGCUGUCCUCCUUUAUGUCCGGGUUGGAUCCCACACGCAUCACGUGGUUUCCAGAUGGCGGUUCUGGUGAUCUUGAGAAUCUUGAUGUUGCCGAAGCGGAUGCUGUUCGAAUCCGCGAGGUGGCCGGUCGUGUUGUCCAGAUGGCUGAUCGGCCAUCGUACACCUCCUUGGCUGCCAAGGACCACUGCAUGGUUUCCAUCGCAUCCACCAUGACGGCUUUGUGGUUUCUCUUGUAGGCAGCACCAGAAAGUGCUAUCGAUGGUGUGCCAAAGCAAAGCGACCCGGAUAGGAGGCGCCAGCACCGACACCUAGCUAGACUACUCUACCGUCUGUCCAUUAUAGUUUCGUUUUGAUUUCAUUGGUGAGAUUCUCCGUCCAUCCCGCACAGGGAAUACACGUGUACCUGCAUACUACCACAACUAGAUUGUUUGACAUCCCGCGGUCGGAUCCCAACAAGCACAAACAAACCACGAGCAACUAUGAAAAAGAG